GCGAUUCAGCAGUACCAUGUAGCCGCUAUGUGGUAUGUGCGUACUUGUCACUCACCUAAUAUUAAUACGACUAGACCGCAAAGAACCCGCAUACGGUUGUGUGCCCCAGUGAAGGACAAAGUAUGCGGUCAGUCUCUGUUGGCUAGUUUCUGUUGUGUCGCCGCUCUCACCUCUUUCAACCGCGACCGAAAAGUACCCCCACUCUCGUUCUCCUACGCAAAGCGAAAGCCCCCAACGGCUACCAGAAACAGCAACGCCCACUAUCUUCGCCAUGCUGGAAGCUCUUGUGAUGUCUGUCCUGAGGCUUCUGGCUCGCAUCCUGCUACUAUGCCUCGACUUCUGGACUUUCAUCACCAAUUUACCUGCGAGAUGCACACGCCUUGUGCUAGACCUUCUUGCUUUCGAACCAAACGCCUGGGUCGGCUCGUCGUUUGCGCUUGCCUUAUUCAUCGCGUUUCGCACAUGGUACCAAAUGGUGAAAGAAACCGAGAAGCUCCUCGAACUCAGAGCUGAGCUCGAGGCUGAGCUCGAAUGUAACGUCGCGCGCAGAACAAUCAGAUUCAAUCGGGUGCGCGCAGGUACUUACGCCGAAGGAACUGUCGUGCAGGGUAUCCACAUCAUUGCAGCGCACAAGUGGGACAUGGUGAUCUGUGGAAUGGAGAUUGCAAGUGGAUGCCGUGAUGGACAUUAUUGGGCUCGCGUACGUGGAGCGGAUGAGUGGAUCAAGUUCGGAAGCCAGCUCGUCAUCAACGGUAACGACAUCACUGAAGAGGUAGUGAAGUCAGGUGGUUACGUAGAUCUUCAGUGGGCAGAGACAGAGACACCACCAGAGUAGAAACGGGAUGUAGCGAGGUUACCACAUGUACACAGGGCACUUGACGACUAUCCAGUCGUCAGCCCAACUCUAUUCAAACAAACCGGUUCCACAACCCUA